CACCAUUCCAUUGAGCUGAUGAGGCAGUGCACAGCGCAACAAACAAAAGGGAUCUCUCCUCCACUUCAAGUAUCCUUUUCCUUCUCGUUUCCAGAGUCCUCGAGUAGUUUACUGCUGCAACCCUAGCCAAACCACAUCCAAACCCACAUUCAGCAUGCGUUCACCAUUCUUGGCAUCCGCUGUCCUGCUGCUGGCUCAGGCAAUGCCCUCUCGGGGUCAAACUAGGGCGCAACUCUUCACGGUUCAAACCUCGAUGCCUUCCGUCCCGGUCGAGGCCCCGACGGAUCUUCCAGUUCCAACAAACCCUCCAGGCUCGUUGAGCGACGACACGAUGAGCGUCGGCCCCAUUGAGAUCACCGACUCCUUCUCCGUUUCCAUCCCACCCGAGCUCUCCUCGCUGCUGGCGACUGACUCCGGCAUCAUGUCCAUCCCCGCCGGCGAGACGCCUCUGUCUACGGGUGACCUGUCCAACACGACCCGAGCGAGCCACACCUCGACGCCUUCUAGCUCGACAACCCCAUCAGCCUCGACAUCGCAAUCCCCGACCAGUGCAGCUGCCCUGGGUCAAACGGCAGGUCGUAGUGGCUCUCUCCUGGUCGCGACCGUAUCUGGGCUGUCUCUGGCCGUCGGCUUCGCUUGGCUGUUGCUGUAAACAGUUCCUGAGUUUGUCGGCUUGCGAUAUCAUUUUUUUUUCCUUGUGAGAAUGCGAAUACCACUAAGCGUUGAUCAUGUUUAUACAAGUACACAGACGAAAAAUAAUAACAAACCUCUUCGAUGACGCGGCUUGAAG